AUGUGGGAAUGCGCUGGCGGCCUGGCGGCUCAAUGUGCCCCCGGAGCUGGUCCUAGGAUCAUGGCUCUGAACCCUGCCGGGGAAAACCAGGCGGAAAUCGAUGCUUGUGCCCAAGCGAAAGCUGCAGGCAAUGCCGCUUACGCAAACGGCGAACUUGAAAGUGCUUGGGAACACUACAUGAAUGCGCUGGACCACUGGGACGCUGCCUUGUGCGCAGUCCCCAAAACGCAUGAGACUGGUACGCGUGUACGCUACAGCAAACAUGGCUUCGGACUGGUUAUGAGCGCAUUUACAAUGUUCGAUGAGUAUUUCUUGAAGGACCUGGGAACUGAUCAGGCAAUCUGGGCCGGGGAACCCGGUGGCGAGUUAAAGCGCUUCGCAGCCAAUGAACUGCGACCGGUGGGAGACGAGCUGUUUGACCUUCGUUUCACGAUAGCGCAGAACCUUGCAGCAGUUUGCCUCAAGCGCAGUUUGUACAAGGAGGCCAUUGAGUGGGCAGAUGCCGCACUCUCCAUGGAUGGGAAGGCACCGAAGGCCCUGAUGCGUCUGGGUGCGGCUCUGCUACGAUCAGGCAAGCCAGGUCCGGCGUCGGAUCGCCUGGCAGCAGCACAGAAAGCCAUGCCGAAUGACCCCGAGGUGCGGAAACUGCUGCGCGAGGCAGAGCUAAAGCGCUCGCCAACAUGGGUUUGUGCCAACGGGUGCUGUGGUCCCUGGGGCCUCGUGUGCGGAGGUACGAUCACAGAGACCAUGCCUGGUGCAGUGCAACCGCGUCUAAAGGAAAAUAGCAACCUCGCCGAUGUGAUGGAGGAGGAUGAGAAGAUGAAGGAGACGAACAUACCCGACCAAAGCGAUGCAUGCUCGAGUUGUGCAGACAGCUCCUCCGAGGAAGUCCCGGGACCGCAGGAAGCAGCAGCGCAGUGCAAGCUUGGCGCAGCGACCAAUCUGCAGGAUGCAGUUGCGAAGAACGACGGUGCUGAAGAGGCGGGGUACCAAACUCCUUCGAAGGAACGGGUUUCACCGGUGCAAUGCAGACAGUUGGGGGCGGCACUCGCAGCCCUUGCUGCAGCUGCUUUUGUGGCAUGGAGGCAUCAUGCUGAGUAG